UCACUUCUACUGCUACUGAGCGUCUAAUGUACAGCACAGGUUAAAAUGUGUUGUGAAAAUUCAAUUUAGGGAGGGGAACCGAGUUGGAUCAACCAUCUCCAGAUCUGUCACAAUGAUUUGGAAAUGGAUUCUUUUCAGUUCUCUCCUUCUUGGAGCACUCACAUCCCCAACUCCGUCUUCUCCCCCCACCCCUGACACUGAGGAAGGACCCUGUCGGAUCUACAACUCUGGCCGCUCUGCAGACUGUGUGGGAAGACAGCUCGACAGUGUCCCCUGGAGACAAUUUCCAUCCACACUUGAAGACAUAGAUCUCUCCCACAAUAAACUGCAAGCCAUCCAUGCUUAUGACUUUCUCCUUUUCCCUCAGCUUCGCACCCUACAGCUGCAGUACAAUAAUAUUUCACACUUUGACAAUGAUGCCUUUAAAAAAAACACGCUACUGGAGCAUCUUAACAUCUUCAAUAACUCCCUGCAGGAAAUUCCUGCCAGAGCUCUGACACCUCUCUUGAAUCUAAAAGAGCUCUACAUGUCCAAUAACCUUUAUAAACAUGCCACUUUGGCUGACAGCUUCUCCAAAUUUUUCAAACUCCAGGUUCUGUCCAUGGGUGGCCCUCUGGUGAUGGGUCUAAAGAGAGCAGAUUUUCAGCCCCUGAAGAACAUCAGGUUACAAGGUUUUGCAAUCAAAUGCUCCUCCAAUCUAAGCUACUAUGAGCCUGGAAGUUUAGAAGUCAUUCAGACAAAGCAGAUAGGCUUUGAUAUGGCCAUAGAUCAACAGCCAAAUGCUCUCCUUCACAUGCUUCGUGACAUCGCCAACAAGACAUUCAGCGUCAUCCAGUUCCGCAAUCUCUUUGAGUUCACGUACUACAUGGGGAAGGAAGACAUUUUCCAGGGAUUAAAAGACAUUACAGCCUAUCAGCUUAUCUUUCACAGAGGUAAAUUCAACGAGAAUCUCCUGAGGAUGGCUUUAAUGAACUUACAAGUUGCCCCUAUCAAAAGGGUGAGACUUCAGUACAUUGACUUUGCCCGUUCACCCACAUUUGUUGAUAGUGGAGCAGGUUCCAGCAUCAGAGACCUGGCAUUAGAUAAGCUGGAUCUUUGGUAUAUCAGCAAUCCUGAUGUGCUGCGAUUUGACUGGCGUUUCACCUGGUUCAACAAAGUUAAGGCACUGUCUAUUCAGUUUGUGUAUUUCAACUCCGUGCCUUGCGAUUCCUGGGUUGAGAUGGAACAUGUGAAGUUUCUGGAUGUCUCCAAUAAUCGACUACAGAAUGAGUUCAUCUUCAACCAGCGGUGCACUUACAAGGGCGCCAUGCCGAAUCUUCACACCUUCAACGCAAGCACCAAUGAACUGACAAGCUUAAAAGACUUGUCAUCACUAACGAGGGAGUUCCAGCAGCUGCAGGUGUUAGAUUUUAGCGAUAACAAUCUCGGAUCUGCUGAAAAGAGUCGAGACUGUGUUUGGCAUCAAAAUAUCACUCGUUUUAUUGCUCACCACAAUCAGUUUGAGAGUGAAGCCCUCCGUUGUCUGCCCACCACAGUGCACUACUUGGAUCUGUCCUACUGUAACCUGGACCAGCUGGACAUGACGUACUUUAAGGAAGCAACCAACCUGAAAGAGCUCCUGCUGAGUGGGAAUAAAAUCAAGUUUAUCCCAUCUAAGUGGGAAAGUCCGUCACUGCAGUCACUGUCUUUGGAUGGGAAUUCGUUUGGCCUCAUUAGCAAGGCGUCCUUCCAGGAUAUGCCUCAGUUAUCUCGCUUGAGGGCAGGGAAUAAUCCUUACCAUUGCACUUGUGAGCUUCAUGCUUUCGUCCAGGACACAGUUUCACAAGGAAAGGUCAACCUCACCGACUGGCCUUGGAACUACAGGUGCUACCACCCAGAGGCCUUCCUCAACACAUUCAUAUCCAAAUACUUCCCAGGUCAAGUGGCAUGUGAUAUCAGACUAGUUAUCAUUAUCAGUGUUGCGACCACAGCAGCGGUCAUCUUGAUAUUGAUGCUGAUCUGCUAUAUUUUUGACCUGCCGUGGUACACUAAAGCCACAUAUCAGAUCAUCAGGGCCAAAUACAGAGCUCACAAGGAAAAAGCAGCAGGGGAAAUAGGGACUUUUACCUAUCAUGCCUUCAUUUCCUACAGCCACUCUGAUGCAGACUGGGUGAGGGACCAGCUACUGCCCUGUUUGGAGAACAACAGAAACCCCUAUCGUCUGUGUAUUCAUGAGAGGGACUUUAUGCCAGGAAGGUGGAUCAUCGAUAACAUCAUUGAGAACAUUGAAAGCAGUCGAAAGGUAAUAUUUGUCCUCUCCCAGAACUUUGUUAAUAGUGAGUGGUGCAACUAUGAGCUGUACUUCGCUCAGCAGAGAGCAAUGGGAAAGAGCUUCAGUGAUGUCAUCCUAGUGGUGAAGGAGCCCAUUGAUCCCAGCUCCCUGCCCAGCAAGUACUGCAAGCUUAAGAAGAUGCUGAGUACUAAGACGUACCUGGAGUGGCCCCAGCAGGUCAACCAGCAGGCUUUUUUCUGGGAACAGCUGAGAAGUGUUCUGGGCAGGCCGACAAUGACCCGAGAAAGGGCGCACAGUGUCAAGAGCGUAGCUUCAUCUGAGGGCGGCGUUUCUGUGGUUGGGCUCCCCGAGGAGAAUCAGGUGCCAGAAGUAGCGGAACGUUAUGUGGACCAAGAAGCAAAACUCAAAAAAAAGAUUAUUAAUAGGAAUAAUGAUGAGCUGUUAAAUCAGGAGCAAACACCUAUGGUGGUAAUUUGACCAAAAGUUUAAAAACUAAAGAAUGUACAAUAGCUUACAUUUCUUCAGUAUUGUCUCAGUAAAGGCCUGAACUCCAGUAACCUUUUGUGAGCAGGGCACAGCACGCUGGGAGCAAAAGCCAGCCCCUCAUUAAGAUGACAGACAAUAACACAAUACGCACCUGCCCGUGGCAUUAAGUCAUGUUAGAUAUGGUGACAGGUGCGACAUUGUGAAGGGGCCGUGCUCUGUUACAUUCCCUGGCCCUCAGAGCUAUGAGAUUGAAAAUGUUCCAACUCUGAUGUCUCACAGCCAAGUCAAAGCCCAUGCAUAAUAAUAAUACCAGUACUCCAUAGAAAUACACAAUGUGUUUUGGGGAGACUGGCCCAAUUGCUAACCCACCUGGGAAUGUAAAAGAUCCAUUGAUCUUGGUAGAUCAAUGGAUCAGCAAUCCAUGCCGGCUCUUGAGCACAUGCAAUUCUUAGUGAUGGAAACGUAAAGCCCAAAAGUUAUAGUGCAAAGAAAGAAAGUGGGGAUUUGUUAUACUCUGAGUGUGUACUGAUUAACUUAUAAUCUUGACGUGGCUCUCUGUAGGCUUCCGAGUCUUCCCAGUGGACUGCUCCUGUACUAAACUUGUAAUUACAUGCAAGGUGAGGUAAUCACUGAUGUGAGUCCCGCCAAAUGUCUGUCUUAACUUGAUCUGAUUGCAUUGUUUGUCUUAGUCCCUGUUAAAUCCCCGCUUGCACUAAGCUAACAUUUUUUUAUCGUGUGAAAUGUAGAAACAAGUGGACAAAUCGCAUCAAAUGGGCCACUUAGAAAUGUCAUUUGAAACUUAAACGAUGUUUGGCCACUAGGGGGCAAAAGACCACUCAGCUCCGACACAUCACAAAAUAAAGCUGUUCUGCUAAUGUGUUCGCAAACAACUGUCUACUUCCACAUCUAGCAGACACAGAGUAUGUUUGAAACGUACGUCCAAUAUUCAAUCUCCUCUUAGCCCUUGUGUAGCCUCCCCCAACUGCUGAGAAAAAUAUCCGACCCUUUUCAUCAGAACUAUGAACUAAAAGACACGUAAAAACAGAGCUGGGCGGUAAUUCUCAUUGGGUUUUUUUUACUAUUAGUAACAACAAGUAGAAACCGAGCUGGAACCUAACUGUAGAAAGUCUAGAAUGAAAACUUUCAAUGCUUUCACUAGGCGUGUCUGCAAAACCAACCAAAAUGAUGAAGCAGAAUUAGAGCUACAUUUGCCCCGGACACUUCAGUUCCAAUCUCGAUCACUAGCGGACAAAACACCUUGUGAAAGAGUUUACAAAUGCUUUAAUCACCUCGUGAUCUAUACACACACUUGUUAUAUAAAGUCAGGCUCCCUAAAAUCUCUGAAGUUAAUGCCUCUAAUUUCCCCUUGAAAUGUGAGAUGAGGAGCAGGCUGUGUUAACAAGCGUUGCAGUAAAUCACAAUGUUUAAUCAUGUUCUGAGCCUUUAGGUGUCUUUACACACUUUACAAAAAAUAACAAUAGAAACUAUAUUAGAAGAAGUGCGAAAACACUGUACGAUAAAACAGUGAUGAGAGUGUCUGCCAGAUGUGAAGAAUGUGAAUGGGAAUUUGUGGCCAUCUUAUAGGUUCACUGGUUGCUUGCUGUUUUUAUGAAUAACAAACCAUCCUAUAUUGAAGUUAGUGACUGAAGCAUACUACCUACACCUGGCAAAUGUAAAAACUGUAUUUUUUAAGCAUUUAUUUUGUACGACAACUUGAUCAACAGAGGCUUCGUGAUGUUCUUAAUCAAUUAAUUUUAUUAAUGAAUUUGCCCUGAUGGUUACUCUAUUUUUUUGAAAGCAUUUUGAUUUUUUUUUUUAUUUCAAAGUUAUUUUGACUGAGACUAACUGAGACUUAGUGAAUGAUCACUGCAUAUGUGAAAUGGACUAUAGAAUAUCUGAAUAUAAAGGACAUAAAAUGGCAGAUUUCUUUAAUUUGUUAAAACUAUUUUGUAUAGAAUCAUAAAUGCAAUUGACAGAUGUGUCUAUUUUUGAUAUAGACACCUAGUAUGUGUAUACUCUCUGUAUUUCUAAUUAUGAUAUGAAGUGCUGUAAGUGCCUUAUUUUAAUGAU